UCUUUUACUACUGCGGUUAUCGUCUUAGACCAUGCUUAAGGGAUCUUAGCCUCCAACGCUACUUGCUUCUUCUGUUUUCUUUGUUUCUUUUUUCUUUUUUUUUGGUCCCCUUUUUUCUUUUUUUCUUUGGGGCGAGGUUUGAGACACCAUCCCGCCAGUCUUGCUUAUAGACAGCAUUUGACUCUUUUUUUUUUCUUCUCUGGGGGCGCCUGCCAUUAUUCAACAUGGCCGUCCACGCGUAUACCAUCCCGGAUUGGGCCCCUACCCAGACCACUAUCUCUGACACUACUAGCAGCGGACGGCAAGUCAUGCUGCCGACGAACCCUGACGAUUUUCAUCCGCUGUCGCGACACGACGAGGCCGACUCGGAGUCUGAUCCCGAGCCACAAGUGUCCUCAUCACGACCCCCUCCUCCCACCGCGUCAAGUCCCACACGCCGUCCUUCUCGUCUCCGGAAUAUGAGCAAUUCGCUGGGCUGGCGGCCACGACCAAAGUCCGCCGUGUUUGGAACAACUACCGCAGACGAUCUUGCAGCACCUCUCGCCGACAUGGUUCUGGACAACGCGCGGCGUGCCAGCAACGGCGAGUGGCACGCUGGAAACCACAGUAACAACGAAUCCGCUGCGAUAGAUAUCGAGGAAGAUGGCAAGGGCAAAGGAAAGGUCAGGGGCAUUAUCCGUCGCGCCUCUGUCUCCCUGAAGCGCGUUGUUUCUCGCCGGUCUUCCAUAGCUACGAGCACAGGCGAAGAGCAUGAACACGCGGUUCGCCGAUUCCUGCGCUCAGCCCACGGCCACCUGAGAUCACCCUCAUUAGAUAUACAUAAUCGUGAAGAACAACAACCACAACAACAACAACAGCAACAGUCGCAACCUAGGCAAAAGCGAGGUCCUCCUGUCUCUUUCCGAGCGCCCAGAUACACGUCAGACCAGGAGUCGGCGCGCCCGUCCACAUCACAUUCUUCCACAUGGCGUCGACUACGCCAGGCCACGAGCUUCCGACGAUCUAGCGGAAACUUGUUCGAGAACAUGGACAAUUCUCGAAACUCGGCCUUCUUCACAAGCCCCGUGCCAGGAAACGGCGGCGCUCCACCGAUCAUUCCCAGAAAUACCGGAGGAGCAGCCCGAGCUGCUGCAGCGGAUGCUGCGAUGAACGCCGACGUGCUCCGCUCAAUGACCCCCGCAGAGUGGGCAGUCAACCUGGCCAAGGGCAGCAAUGGCUUGGGAAGUAGUAACCCCAACCAUCUUCAUUACAGCCUGACACACAGCAACGAUGGCGAAAGUGGCAUUGGCAUCGCAGUCACGGCUACCGAGUCGGAAUCCGACCGCGACAAGACCGAUUCUCGACUCGACUUGGCCCAGCACGCGAGCGGGACCUACACCAUGGACAGGCAACGACUGUCUGGUGGUUUGACGCGUGCUGGGUCGGCCAUUGGAAGUGUUCAGAUGGCCGAUGGCAUCCCUCGUGUGGACUUUAUCGCACAUCUACCCCUGGAGCUGGCCCUCGAGGUCCUUUCAUACCUCGACUACACAGAUCUCGCCACCGCCGAGCGUGUAUCUAGUCCAUGGAGGCAUGUGACGGGUCACAGCUACAUCUGGCGCAAGUCUUUCUUGCGCAGCAUGACCAGCACCUUCGCCACAGGGGGCCAAGUCAAGCCUGGCGCUGGACUUGGCGUUCCUCCCGUCCGACCGGAGAACAACUGGAAGGACAUCUACAGGGCGAGAGUGGAAUUGGACAGAAGGUGGAAGACGGGCAAUGCCAGUCCGGUGUACCUGAAUGGGCAUACCGAUAGUAUCUACUGUCUGCAGUUUGACGAGUCGAAAAUCAUUACAGGCUCUCGAGACAAGACCAUCCGGGUUUGGGAUAUGCAUACACUAUCUUGCCGAUAUGUUAUUGGUCCUCCUGACAUUGUCCGCGAACAGAACGUUCUUUGUGACGCCAACGGACAACCAACUCAUUUCGCUACCACAGAGGCCAGCCCGAGGGCGAACCCAUCCUUCCCUGCGACGCUGACCUUCCCGAACCACCACAACGCUUCGAUUCUGUGCCUGCAAUACGAUGACCGAAUCCUGGUAACGGGCAGUUCCGAUUCGACGUGCAUCGUACACUCGAUUACAUCGGGCUACCGACCCAUCCGCCGUCUGCAGCAUCACUCGGCAGCCGUGCUGGACCUGGUGUUUGACGACCGGUACAUUGUGACAUGCUCCAAGGACGUGUCGAUCUGUGUGUGGGACCGCGAGACGGGCGAGCUGCUCCGACAACUGCGUGGGCACGCGGGACCCGUCAACGCGGUGCAGAUGCGCGGCGACACCAUCGUGAGCUGCUCGGGAGACUUCAAGGUCAAGCUGUGGAACAUCAGCACGGGCACGUGCAUCCGCGAGUUCGCGGGCCACACCAAGGGCCUGGCUUGCUCGCAGUUUAGCGAGGAUGGCAGGUAUGUUGCCUCGGCCGGCAACGACCGCACCAUCCGGGUCUGGGACGCCAACACAGGAGAGUGCGUGCGCGAGGUGGCGGCCCACACCAACCUCGUCCGCAGCCUGCACAUCGACUCGGUCAGCGGGCGUCUGGUCAGCGGCAGCUACGACACGGACAUUAUGGUCUUCGACAUGGAGACGGGCAGGCAGCUGCUGCACUUCCCCAGGUGGCAUGCCAGCUGGGUCCUUAGCGCAAAGAGUGACUACAGGCGUAUCAUCUCGACGGGGCAGGACCCCAAGAUAUUGGUUAUGGACUUUGGCAAGGGCGUCCCGGGCAUCGAGGCGCUGGAGAGCUGCGACCAGCCUGACAGCGGUCGUGUUGGUUACAUUUAAACGCAUUUUUUGGCGCUCUUGUGCACAAAGUGUUUUUUUUUCUUUCCCCUUUGGGACGGGGACACUUUGGAUCCGACCUGGUUGAUCAUCUAAUAAUCGUCAGGUUUGGCAGGUACUUGGUCACCUUACCCACUGUACUGUAUUGUCGGACCCAGUAUACCAGCGAAAAGCUGGAUAACAACAUAUCUUGGAGGAGCACGGUAGAUGCUCCUCAUUGGGAACACCACUGUGUCUCCCACAUUACGGGGGAAAACAUCCCCCGUUCUACAUUGCAUACCAGGAGCUUUUGAGCUAGCAUCUUUUGCUUUUAGUUUGUAUUUUUUUUGUCCGUGUCAUCAUUGGAAGGAAGCCUCUUAUUUUGGGAUAUUGUGGUGCUCUUUUUUUCUUCUUGUUCUGCAUAGAUCUAGCCAUUCUUCAUUGCUGUCGGAUAGUUACUUAGUCUCGGGUUACACUUGAUAAUGUCAGUCGCCUUCUCGAAGGGAUAUUUCCACG